GAGAAGGAGGAGGAGGAGGAGGAGGAGAAGCAAAAGAAGGAGGAGAGGAAGAGAAGGAGGAGGAGGAAAGGAAGAGCCGCCCUCCGCGGCGCCAUCCCUCCUUCCUUCCUUCCUUCCUCCUUCCCUUGCCCCCUGUGCUUUGAGGCUCCUCUCCAGCCGAAAAGAGAAGCAGGGGCCCCGGAUUGAGCCCCUCACCUGCGCCAGUAAAGAAGAGGAAGCCACCGAUGAUAAUGCCGCAGCAUCCAAGCCUCCGCAGAGAAGGAUGCUCAGGAAGAGGAGAGCAGGGAGAGUCUGAAGACAGGUGAAGGAGGAGAGGAGGAAAGAAGAGAGAGAGAGAUCAAAGGCUGUCGUAGAGAGAGGGGGAAAGAGGAAGGCGGUGAGGCGGAGGUGGAUCCCGGCUCUUGUGGCCGAGCCAUGGCUACGAAUUUCAACGACAUUGUCAAACAAGGCUACGUGAAGAUGAAGAGCAGGAAGCUGGGGAUCUACCGACGUUGUUGGUUGGUAUUCCGGAAAUCAUCGAGCAAAGGGCCCCAGCGGCUGGAGAAAUAUCCGGAUGAGAAGUCCGUCUGCUUACGGGGUUGCCCAAAGGUCACCGAGAUCAGCAACGUGAAGUGCAUCACUCGGCUGCCCAAGGAGACCAAGCGGCAAGCCGUGGCCAUCAUUUUCACCGACGACUCAGCUCGGACAUUCACCUGCGAGUCCGAACUGGAAGCUGAAGAGUGGUACAAGACGCUGUCGGUGGAGUGCUUGGGCGCCCGGCUCAAUGAUAUCAGCCUCGGAGAACCGGAUUUGCUGGCUCCGGGAGUGCAGUGUGAGCAAACCGACCGCUUCAACGUCUUCCUCCUACCUUGCCCCAACCUGGACAUUUACGGCGAAUGUAAGCUGCAGAUCACCCACGAAAACAUUUACCUCUGGGACAUGCACAACCCCCGGGUCAAGCUGGUCUCCUGGCCCCUCUGUUCGCUGCGCCGCUACGGCCGAGAUGCCACGCGGUUCACCUUCGAGGCCGGCAGCAGGAUGUGUGAUGCCGGGGAAGGGCUCUACACCUUCCAGACCCAGGAAGGGGAGCAGAUCUACCAACGGGUCCACAGCGCUACCUUGGCCAUCGCCGAACAGCACAAGCGCGUCCUGAUGGAGAUGGAGAAGAACGUGCGGCUGCUAAACAAGGGCACUGAGCACUACUCCUACCCCUGUACGCCCACCACAAUGCUGCCACGCAGUGCCUACUGGCACCACAUCACCGGCUCCCAGAACAUCACCGAAUCCUCUGACUAUGGAGGGGAUUCGUAUUCGGGACCCCAGGCCAGCUCAGAGACUGACCUCCUAAACCGUUUCAUCUUACUCAAACCCAAAGCUCCCCAGAACGGAAAAAGCAGCGACAGCAAAGAUCCCAAGUCGGCUUCCCAAUGAUGUAUUCCCCGAGCGGAAGGAGAGAGAAGCCCCGUCCAGUGAUGGCUCAAGACCAAGAGAAGCGGUCAGCCGGUCAGUCGCCGGCAAUGAAGAUUUCCUUUUGUCGUUCUGGUCCCUGCUCCGGCCUUUGUUACGGGAUUUCUGGACAGCAUUUGGGGCUGCGAUUGGAUCGGAGCAGCGUUUGCACAGGAGUCACUCCGGAUCCAAGAAUCGGGACCUCGGCGGAUUGAAGAUCAUGAAGAGGGAGGACUAAGCUAUAUAUUGUGACCCCCUAUUUUAAAUAUAUCAUAUUACUUAAUGCAUAUUCUGUAUAUCAAGAGACUUUUCUCCCCUCUUACACAAAUGCACAUUUCUUGGAUUUUUCAAGCAUCGGUGUGGGUUUUUUUCCCCUUCAACGGCAUGUUCCCCCAAAUGGAGAGAAAAUGGAUGGAGCAAAACUAAUGAACUUGAACUCUCCAGAGGACAAAAACCAUUGUGUUUUGGUUUUGGCAAAAAGAUAAGAUUUGGAAGGUUUGGCUCAUGACACAGCUCCCCUGCAGAGAAGGACACCUCAAUCCUCGCUGCGGAUGUAAACCGGGGCUUUUGGAGGCCAAAAAAAUAAAACCGGGGCGUCCGCACAAGGAUCCUUCCAGGGAGAAAGAA